GUCAUGUCAUCUCUGAAAAGGCAUCCCCCUUUUUCCUUUGCUGCAUACAUCUUUUUUCUCCUUUGCCUUCCAUUACUUUUAGUAUCCCUUUGCCUCAUAUAUAAUAAUCCUUUUCUUUGAACCAACCCAUUCAAGCUAACAAAAAAAAAUGCUGUCAAGAUCAAACAGUAUGGUUUGGAACAUGGAAAACAAAGAAGAAGAAACUGUUACCAACAAGGAGAAUAACGAUAGUGGUGUGCUUGAAAACAAAGACUAUAUAGAAAUGGGUGCACUUUCUACAUUCAAAUCUAUGUUAGAUGGUGCAGAUGUAGACUGGUACAUGACCAGUAACAACAACAUGCAAAACCAUACUGAAAAUAAUAUUUCUUUCACCCAAAAUUUCACUGAAUUAGCUGAAAACAACUUGUUUCUACAGCCAACCAGUUUCAACAAUCUUGACCCAUCUCAGGUACAUUAUUUCUUGGCCCAAAAAGCAAUAUCUAACAACCCUUUAGACAGUGGUUUUAAUUUGGGUUAUGAAAAUGGUUUUCUUGAAACUCAAGGUUUGAAUAAAGGUGGGAUUUUUAAUGGUGGGUUUCUUGAUUUUAGCUCACAAAACCAAAUGGGUAGUUCCAAUUUGAAUUCUUGUACUCAAUUCCUGUCAUCCCAUUUGCCCCCAAAUAGUACUGCUGGUUUUAGUCCAUUGGGGUUUGUUGAUGGUUCUCCAAAUGAGAAUUCUGUGUUUCUCAAUAGGUCUAAGUUGUUAAAGCCACUUGAUAAUUUUACUUCAAUUGGAGCACAACCAACACUUUUCCAAAAAAGGGCUGCACUUAGGAAGAACUUAGCUAAUAAUAGUGGUGGCAAUUGGGGGGAUUUUGGAGGUGAAAUUGGUCAAAAGAGAAAAUGCGGUAACGAUGAUCAAGAACUUGAUGAUGUGAGCUUUGAUGGAUGCACAUUGAGUUAUGAUUCAGAUGAACUUAUAGAAAAUGUUAGUGAUAAGGUGGAUGGUAGUGUUAAGAAUGCUGGAAAUAGCUCGAAUGCAACGAGCACUGUCACCGGUGGGAAUCAGAAAGGAAAGAAAAAGGGACUUCCAGCCAAGAAUUUGAUGGCUGAACGACGACGUAGGAAGAAGUUAAACGAUAGGCUUUACAUGUUAAGGUCUGUUGUACCAAGGAUUAGUAAGAUGGACAGGGCUUCAAUCUUAGGAGAUGCGAUCGAGUACUUAAAGGAGCUUCUACAGAAAAUCAAUGACCUGCAUAAUGAACUGGAGUCCACACCACCUAGCUCUUCAUUGACCCAAACAACAAGCUUCUAUCCUUUAGCACCAACUUCACCAGCUCUGCAGGGCUGCAUCAAGGAAGAACUCUAUCCGAGUUCAUUUGCAAGUCCAUUGUCUAGCCCGACUGGACAGCCUGCAAGGGUUGAUGUAAGGGCAAGAGAUGGAAGAGCUAUGAAUAUCCAUAUGUUUUGCGGCCGCAGACCAGGCCUCUUACUCUCAACAAUGAGGGCUCUCGACAACCUCGGGCUGGACAUCCAACAAGCUGUUAUCAGCUGCUUCAAUGGGUUUGCCUUAGAUAUCUUUAAAGCCGAGCAAUGCAAAGAAGGUCAAGACUUUCAUCCUGAUCAAAUCAAAGCAGUUCUUCUGGAUUCUGCCGGCUGCCAUGGGAUGAUAUAAGCUUCUAUGGUUCACAAGGGAAACAAUGCAACCACCAUUUUCAACUUUAGACUCUAGUUGUUCUUCUCAGUUAUUUUGUGAUCCUUUUGUACUUCUAUAUUUUAUCUAGCAAGCCAUUGUUUUUUUACUACAACUCAUGAUUGCUAUUCCGUGAA